GGCUGGAAAGCCUGCGCAGGCAUGGCUGGAGGAAGAGGAAGAGGUGUUGUGUUGUGCGCUCAUAUCGGCUGUUCUUGCCCUCCCGAGGAACUGCAGGCAGGGCAGGCAGCCAAGGAACUGCGCUCGGAGCCCGUCAGAAGAAACCCCACGCCAUUUCCAGAGGGAUUCCAGAGAGCAAAGGGAGGAGCCCCGCCGAGAUGUCGCGUCCGCUGUCGGACCAGGAGCGGCGAAAGCAGAUCAGCAUCCGCGGGAUCGUGGGAGCCGAGAGCGUGGCCGAGCUGAAACGGGGCUUCAACCGGCACCUCCACUUCACCCUGGUCAAGGACCGCAACGUGGCCACCCCCCGCGACUACUACUUCGCCCUGGCCCACACGGUGCGGGACCACCUGGUGGGGCGCUGGAUCCGCACCCAGCAGUACUACUACGAGAAGGACCCCAAGAGGAUUUAUUAUCUCUCCCUGGAGUUUUACAUGGGGCGGACACUACAAAACACCAUGAUCAACCUGGGGCUGCAGAACGCUUGCGAUGAAGCCGUCUACCAGCUCGGGCUGGACAUGGAAGAGCUGGAGGAGAUCGAGGAGGAUGCUGGUCUUGGGAAUGGUGGUCUCGGCAGGUUGGCUGCCUGCUUCCUCGACUCAAUGGCAACACUGGGGCUGGCAGCCUAUGGCUAUGGCAUCCGCUACGAGUACGGCAUCUUCAACCAGAAGAUCCGGGAUGGGUGGCAGGUGGAAGAAGCCGACGACUGGCUCCGGCACGGCAACCCCUGGGAGAAAGCCCGUCCCGAGUACAUGCUGCCUGUGCACUUCUACGGCCGGGUGGAGCACACGGCCACCGGCACCAAGUGGGUGGACACCCAGGUGGUGCUGGCGCUGCCCUACGACACCCCUGUGCCCGGGUACAUGAACAACACAGUCAACACCAUGCGCCUGUGGUCGGCUCGGGCACCCAACGACUUCAACCUGCGGGACUUUAACGUUGGAGACUACAUCCAGGCCGUGCUGGACAGGAACCUGGCGGAGAACAUAUCCCGUGUCCUCUAUCCCAAUGACAACUUCUUCGAGGGGAAGGAGCUGCGGCUGAAGCAGGAGUACUUUGUCGUGGCUGCCACCCUCCAGGACAUCAUACGCCGCUUCAAAGCAUCCAAAUUUGGGAGCACGGAGAGUGUCCGAACUGUGUUUGAUUCCUUCCCUGACCAGGUCGCCAUCCAGCUGAACGACACGCACCCUGCCAUGGCCAUCCCUGAGCUGAUGAGGAUUUUUGUAGACAUCGAGAAGCUGCCGUGGAACAAGGCCUGGGACAUCACCAAGCAAACCUUCGCCUACACCAACCACACGGUGCUCCCUGAAGCCCUGGAGCGCUGGCCGGUGGACUUGGUGGAGAAACUGCUCCCCAGACACCUCCAGAUCAUCUACGAGAUCAACCAGAGGCACCUGGAUCACAUCGCAUCCCUCUUCCCUAAUGAUGUGGACAGGCUGCGGAGGAUGUCCCUGAUAGAGGAGGGAGGUACCAAGAGGAUCAAUAUGGCCCAUCUCUGCAUUGUUGGCUCCCACGCUGUCAACGGCGUGGCCGAGAUCCACUCCGAGAUAGUCAAGACUCAAGUCUUCAAGGACUUUGCAGAGCUGGAACCAGAGAAGUUUCAGAACAAGACCAACGGCAUCACCCCGCGGCGCUGGCUCCUGCUCUGCAACCCGGGGCUGGCGGAGCUUAUUGCAGAGAAAAUCGGGGAGGACUAUGUGCGAGACCUGAGCCAGCUGACGAAGCUGCACGAGUUUGUGGACGAUGACCUCUUCAUCCGCGAGGUUGCCAAAGUGAAGCAGGAGAACAAGGUGAAGUUCGCCUCGUACCUGGAGAAGGAGUACAAGGUGAAGAUCAACCCUUCCUCCAUGUUUGAUGUGCAUGUGAAGAGGAUCCACGAGUACAAGCGGCAGCUGAUGAACUGCCUGCAUAUCAUCACCAUGUACAACCGCAUCAGGAGGGAUCCUGCAAAGGUGUUUGUGCCGAGGACAGUGAUCAUUGGGGGCAAGGCUGCCCCGGGAUAUCACAUGGCUAAAAUGAUCAUCAAGCUCAUUAACGCUGUGGCUCACAUGGUGAACAAUGACCCCGUUGUGGGGAGCAAGCUGAAGGUCAUCUUCUUGGAGAACUACAGAGUCUCGCUGGCAGAGAAAGUGAUCCCAGCUACCGACCUGUCGGAACAGAUCUCCACGGCAGGCACCGAGGCGUCGGGUACAGGGAACAUGAAGUUCAUGCUGAACGGGGCUCUGACCAUCGGCACCAUGGACGGAGCCAACGUGGAAAUGGCCGAGGAGGCUGGAGAGGAAAACCUCUUCAUUUUUGGCAUGAGGGUGGAGGAUGUCACGGAGCUGGACAGGGAAGGGUACAAUGCCCAGCAAUACUACGACCGGCUCCCCGAGUUGAAGCAAGCCAUUGACCAGAUUAAGAGUGGCUUCUUCUCCCCAGAGGAGCCUGACCUCUUCAAAGAUGUGGUCAACAUGCUCUUCCACCAUGACAGGUUUAAGGUUUUUGCAGACUACGAGGCUUAUGUCAAGUGCCAGGAGAAGGUCAGCGAGCUGUACCUGAACUCCAAGGCCUGGACCAAGAUGGUCAUCAAGAACAUCGCGGCAGCUGGCAAGUUCUCCAGCGACCGUACCAUCAAGGAGUACGCCCGGGACAUCUGGCACGUGGAGCCCUCUGACCUGAAGAUCCCACCACCCAACCAGCCCCGGGACGUGGCCGAGGACAAGACCCCCAAUGGCACGGCGGCGUAGGGGACACGAGCACGUGCGCUGUAGAAUUGUCUUUGCUGUCUAGUCUGUGUCGCUGCUGCUGGUUUUGCUCCGGACCAGGAAGCGGGGGGGUGGUUUUUUAUAACGUAAGUAUUGUGCGGAAAGCGAAACCACGUCGCCCUGUUGCUUGUGUAGGUGCUAAAAAUAAAAAGUGCCAUUGGAGUCCAAGGAGUUGCUGAAGCCUAAAAUUAGGGACUGGUUUCAUUUGCACCCACACUAACACGGAAAGCAGGUGUAAGAGGUGAGUAGCUGGGGUUUGGUGGGGAUGGGAGUUGCAGCACAGCUGGACACAGCUGGUUGAGCCUUUGCAGGUGCUGCUGAAGCAUCACCCAUCCCAGCCCAUGUGCUGCUCCUAGUCUGGGCUUGUGUGGUCCCGUCCCAGGAGCAGCACCCAGAUCCCCCAGCACCACCUCCACCCCCUGAGUAACCUGCAGCAUCCUCCAGGUUAGAAAGUUUCUCAGUAGUUUUUAUUACCUAUAGCAGUAAAUUCAGUGCCAUGAGGGGUUCCGGGUGUGGGGUUGAGGGAGUGCUCGUGGUCGCUGCCUGCAGCAGCCGCCAUCACUUCAUGUUUAAGAAGUCUCUGCAAUGAGACACAAUAAACCUUACGCUGUAUUACCCA